UGCGGCCCCUGCUCCCCCAUUGGCCUGAGUCCAGCCCCGCGUGCGGGUCCCUGUUCCUUGUCCGCUCACUGCUCCCCGGAAGGUCUGGGGUGCCGGAGAGCCGGGCGGGCUGCUCCCGCCCCCCCACGCGCCUUCGGCAGCGGGGGGAUGUGGAGGGGAAGGGCCCCUGACUUCUCUCCUCUGGGGGCUGCCUCUCCCCCGCGGUGAGCCCAGCGCCGCAGCGCGUUUGGGGGUGCGCGGAGCGGGGGGGUCUCCUAAGCAUGAGUGCAGGGGCUGAGUGUGAACCCCCCAGCAAGAGAGUCAGGUUGGGCCCCCCCGCAUCCCCCAGCCGCGGCUCGGAGGAAGAGCAGCCCCCUUCCUUGGACAGAAAAGGGACACUGCAGCCUUCGCCGCCUCCUCCCCCUCCCCCUCCCCCUCGGGAACGAGGGCCCAGAAGCAGCGGUAGUAGCCAAAGCUUGGCAGCCACGGUGGGGAACAAAGUUUACAAACAAAGGACAAUUACCACUUGGAUGGAGAAUAAAGGACCCAAGACAACAGAGUUAAAGAGUUUGCAGAGCAAAACUAAUAGCACAGGAGCAGAUCCCAAGAUGACUUCUGUUAAAAAGGAUAACUUGUGUGAGCAUGAUGUUAAAAAGCUAGAGAAUAUUUGUCCACAAAGCUAUCCGACAAAAUCUGUGGAAAUGAGUACGAAACUUGUAAAUCUGCCUCAGACUGGCAACCUGUGUAAAUGGGAGGCAGAGGGGCCAUGCAGAGAUCAGCCAUCAGAAAUGGAGCCUGUUAAAGGGACCCGGUCUGGAGAUCAGUUUAAAAAUGCCAAUAUUGAUCACAUGCACAAAACUGGCAAGCAGGUUCACAGAGGUAGUGAAGAAAAUAGUGACAAUUGGACUCAAAGGAAAUUAUCAUCAGGCAGGUCUGUGAAGAUGGCAAAUACAAAACAUCCAUCAAAAGACAGUGAAACAGAAGGAAAAGUGACUUCAUGUAAUCCACAGCAGCUAAAGAGCUGCAAUCCUGUCCAUGUAGUCUGUGUGACUAGUGAGCAAGAUGAGGUGGAUGUAGUUCCCGAAAGCCCACUUUCAGAUGUUUGCAGUGAUACCUGUGUAUCUGAUAUCGGAGGUCCAGGAAAACCGAACAAAUAUCAAAGUAGUUCAGGAGAUUCGCAUGCUUUUGAGAAAGAAAGUGAACCGGAGUCACCAAUGGAUGUAGAUAAUUCCAAGAAUAGCUGCCAGGGCUCAGAAGCUGAUGAAGAAACAAGUCCAUUUCUUGAUGAGCAAGAGGAUGUUGACACAUCAAAAGCUGCUAGCAAAUCUUCCAGGUUUCAGCGGGGGAAUGCUGACCCAGAGUUGAGAAGGUCACCGUUUUCUUCCAAAUGUUGUGAAGGUGCUCGAUAUAACCUCCAUUUUGAGGGGACGGAUGACUCUGUCAAAGAGGAUGAAUUGCAUACAAAGUCAUAUGGGAUCUCUCCCGCUCUUUCAUCAGAAUGCAAAGGUGCAAAACACUGUGGGAAGAAGGACUCGAAAAUCACUGCCCAUUUCAUGAGGAUACCCAGAACAGAGGAGAAAAGCAGGAAAGAACCUUGUGAAUUCAAACACCAAAGGCCAGGAAGGAAGAUUCCUAAAUAUAUCCCACCUUCGCUUCCAACUAAUAAGAAAUGGUUUGGGACACCUAUUGAAGAGAUGAGGAGAAUGCCUAUGUGUGGGGCUCAUCUUCCUCAUUUGAGACCAUCAACCAAUCACACAGUGACCAUCAGAGUAGAUCUAUUGAGGGAAGGAGAGGUGCCAAAACCUUUUCCAACUCAUUAUAAAGAUUUGUGGGAUAAUAAACACGUUAAAAUGCCCUGUUCAGAACAAAACUUAUACCCCGUAGAGGAUGAGAAUGGUGAUAGGACUGCUGGAAGCCGAUGGGAGCUAAUCCAGACUGCACUACUUAACAAGUUCAUCAGUUCACACGAUUUGAAGGAGGCUAUAUUGAGAUAUAAUGUUGCUUAUGCCAAGAAGUGGGACUUUACUGCUCUUACUGACUUCUGUGAUAAGGUGCUCGAAGAUGCAGAGUCUCAGCAUUUGUUCCAGUCCAUCUUGCCUGAUAUGGUGAAGCUAGCACUGUGUCUCCCUAGUAUCUGCACUCAGCCAAUACCUUUACUGAAACAAAAGAUGAAUCACUCCAUCACAAUGUCACAGGAGCAGAUCGCUAGUUUUCUAGCCAAUGCUUUUUUCUGCACUUUUCCACGACGCAAUGCAAAGAUGAAGUCUGAGUAUUCUAGUUAUCCAGACAUUAACUUCAACAGAUUGUUUGAAGGGCGGUCGCCAAGGAAGCCUGAAAAGCUUAAAACCCUUUUCUGCUACUUUAGAAGAGUCACAGAAAAAAAACCGACCGGAUUAGUGACGUUUACAAGACAAAGUCUUCAAGACCUUCCAGACUGGGAAAGAUCUCAUAAAAAACUGACCAGAUUGUAUGUCACAUACGAGGGCACUAUAGAAAGCAAUGGACGUGGUAUGCUACAGGUUGAUUUUGCAAAUCGUUUUGUUGGAGGUGGUGUCACUGGUGCAGGACUGGUACAAGAAGAAAUUCGGUUUUUAAUCAAUCCAGAGCUGAUAGUGUCUCGGCUCAUCACUGAAGUCCUGGACCACAAUGAAUGUCUUAUAAUCACAGGUACUGAGCAAUACAGUGAAUAUACAGGCUAUGCAGAAACAUACCGAUGGGCGAGAAGCCAUGAAGAUGAUACCCCAAGGGAUGAAUGGCAGAGGCGCUGCACUGAAAUUGUUGCUAUCGAUGCAUUUCACUUCAGACGUUUCCUUGAUCAGUUUGUUCCUGAGAAAAUUAGAAGAGAACUCAACAAGGCAUACUGUGGCUUCGCUCGACCUGCUGUUCCCCCUCAGCAUCUUUCAGCAGUAGCCACAGGAAACUGGGGAUGCGGUGCCUUUGGUGGCGAUUCCAGAUUGAAAGCCUUAAUACAAAUCCUUGCAGCUGCGGAGGCUGGGCGAGAUGUGGUUUAUUUUACCUUUGGAGAUGCUGAGCUGAUGAGAGAUAUUUACAACAUGUACACCUUUCUCACUGAGAAGGGCCAAACUGUCGGGGAUGUUUACAGGCUGUUGUUCAGAUAUUAUAAUGAAGAAUGCAGAAGCUGUUCUACUCCAGGACCAGAUGUGAAGCUUUACCCUUUCAUAUAUAAUACCCUUGAAUCCUAUGCAGAUUCCACCGAUGAAGAUGAGAAAGGAUUGUGCUUUGAUGACUAAAAUAAAAAUUUAUGAGGAUUGAAUUGCUGGGUGUAAAAUAUGGACCGGCUUAACUUAAUAUCAAUGUAUAUAAUACUGCAUUUGUAAUCCUAUAAACUCUCCUAACCUAAAACCAAACUUUGAGGUGAGAUUUUCUGUUUAUACAAUGUAAACCCCAUUCAUCCACAUAUAUAAAGGGUUGUUUUGUAAAUCCUA